AGUCGAUUAAUCGCACGAUAUCGAUAUAUAAUCCAUGGCAAUCCGUGUGCACUAUGCAGAUAAAACGAUAUAUUGAUAUCUAGCUCACAUCUCUACUACCAUAUGACUUUUUUACAAGACGCGAAAAAAUUAUAUAGAAAUUAGGCAAUUCAAAGAUAUAAAACCGCAUCGGACCGAUGUUGUAGCAGCGUCAAAAAUGGCGGGCAUCCCGGUGGAAUUCGAUAAGAUUGUGGUCAAUCAGUUUAGCUGCAAACGUUGCGACCGAAUGUUUACAAGUAAACGCGAUCAGACGCUCCAUCGGCAGGAGGUGCACAACCAUAACAAAACUACCUAUGAGUGCAAACUGUGCUCCAAGAGUUUUUGCAACAGUGGCAAUCUGGAUCGGCAUAUGAAGGUGCACAACGAUGUGCGGCCGUUUGUGUGCAACAUAUGCUCCAAGGCCUUUGCACAGGCGGUUAACCUGCAGCGACAUUAUGCCGUACACAGCGGCGAGCGUCCAUAUCAGUGCAACUUCUGCAACAAAUCCUUCACCCAGCAAAGCAAUAUGAAGCGCCACAAAAUGACACACACAGGAGAGAAGCCGUUUCGAUGCCAGCGAUGUGGCCGCUACUUCUCGCAACUGGUUAACCUCAAGAAGCACAAGCUGGGUCAUUUGAAUGCCAAGCCUUAUCAGUGCAACUACUGCGAAAAAGGCUUCACCCAGCUCUCCAAUUUUAAGCGGCAUCUGCAGUCACACAUAAAGGAAGGAGUCGAUGUGGAUGUGCCCGGUGCAAUACAGGCGGCUACGGCUUUGGCGAGGGAGCGUCUAGAGGCCGAGCAGAAACCUAGCUUCUUUGAGUGCAUGAUCUGUCGUGCCAUUUUUGAAACGUUUGGCGAUUACGAGAAGCAUGAGGGCAAGUGCCAUGAGGAACAUGAACGCACCCAGCUAGAGGUUAAUCAAAUGUCGCAUAUGCAUGCGGAUGACUACUUGCCGAUGAAGUUUUCGGUGCCCGAUCUGGAUACGCACGAGAUCAUAAUUGAGACUACACAAUAAUGCCACAUACACACACGCACAUAAACACGCGCGCUCACACACCAACACACACACACAUACACAAACACAUCGCAUUCAUACCACCCACAGCCACAAACAAAUCUACAUUCAAUCAAGUGAGUGCAAACAUAUAUGAAAGAUGCGACUGCUACGUCAAUGAAUAUGCAGGCCAACAUAUUUCUUCUUCUUAUAAAUAAAUGCAAGACAUAACAAAUGGAAAUUGUAACUGUUAAUUGCCAACUGCGUCAACAUAGUUGCCAAUUGUGUAAUUUAAGCGUAUUUGCAAUUUUCAAUUGCAUUUAAAGCAGUAAAAAACGAAUCGGAACUUUUUAAUGUAAAA